AUCGAUACAUUCGACACAUUUUUAUCAUAUGCGUUUCAUCUAUUUUUACUAUAUCUAUGCUUCAAACAACCGGAUAACCUUUAGAACAACGUAACCUUACGUUUAUAUCAUUUUUAUUUCAAAUCCGAUCAAGGAAUUAAUAUACAAAUAUUUUAACACUGAAAAUGGAUAUUCGUCCGAACAAUACCAUUUAUAUCAAUAAUUUAAAUGAAAAAAUAAAAAAGGAGGAACUGAAAAAGUCGUUAUAUGCAAUCUUUUCUCAAUUUGGUCAAAUUUUGGAUAUUGUGGCUUUAAAAACACUCAAGAUGCGUGGACAGGCUUUUGUUAUCUUCAAAGAAAUCGCGAGUGCGACAAAUGCUUUGAGAUCUAUGCAAGGAUUUCCAUUUUAUGACAAACCGAUGAGGAUACAGUAUGCUAAAACUGACAGCGAUGUAAUAGCCAAAAUGAAGGGUACCUUUGCAGAACGUCCAAAGAAACCAAAACGAGUUAUUCCAGCGGCAGACGAGGAAGCCAAACGUGCCAAAAAACGUGCAAAAGAGCAGGCAAAGCAUUCGCAGCAAGUUGGAUAUCAUGCUAGUGUACCUCAGCAUCCAGGACUCGUCAAUACAGCUGUUCCUGAGCAACCACCAAAUCAGAUAUUAUUCUUAACAAAUCUACCAGAUGAGACAAGUGAAAUGAUGUUAUCGAUGCUGUUCAACCAAUUUCCAGGCUUUAAAGAAGUGCGAUUGGUACCUAAUCGACACGAUAUUGCUUUUGUCGAAUUUGAAAAUGAAGUCCAAUCUGGGGCGGCAAAAGAUGCUCUUCAAGGUUUCAAAAUCACACCUUCCCAUGCAAUGAAAAUAUCAUUUGCAAAAAAAUAAACUUGACUUUUUUUUUUAUAUUUGUGUGAUAGAAUAUUAUGAUAGAAUGUAAGUAAAAUAUAUAAACUGAAUUGCACAUUUGUAUAAAGUGAAUGUAGCUAUUGAUAUUGAUCAUCUCAUUCACAAUACUAUGCAAUGACAAGUAUUUUGCUUAACAACGUUUAUUUUACAGUCGAUUUUUCAAUAAGCGUGUUAAGCGUGUAUAUACUGUGUGACAGAUUCUGCCAUAGUAAGGACAUUGCAAUUAUCAAAAAAUAUAUCUAAGAAAUUAAAUAAAUUUUUGAAAUUUUGUAUAUGAUAAUGAUAUAUGUUGGAAUAUUUUUUCAUUAAGCAUCUGUACUCCAUUUGAAAAUCAGAUAUAUAAAAUAUAUAUGAAGAGUCAAAUUAUUAAAGCAAAACGCAAAAUAAUUAUUUCUUCCUUCUUCACUCCUAUUUAUAAUGCAUUGUAUUUUUAAAAUAAUUAUUUAACGAAAUGUAAGUUUAGUUUCGAUCAGAAGUGAUAACUUUCAAUUAAAUGAGUUUCAAUUUGAGUGAUAUAUAAAUAACUUAUUUAUGACAUAUAUACAUAUGUAUAGUUAUUAAAAAUGCAUAUAAUAAAAUCAUAGAUAGUAGACUUGUAAAAAUAAUUUAUCUUCAAAAAUAUCUUCGAGAAAUGGAGGAAUAUCUCGGGGAUUGAUUUAUAUUUUGAUACUAUAUAUAUUUUAUUGCUUUUUUUAUAUUUAUAUAGUUUCGAUGUAUGCAAUAAGCCUUUAUUUUGUCCCAUGUAAAACUUAGACUUGUCGCUUGCGAAGAUAACAUAGUUAGACCAGAUUGGCACGUUGGUCGAGAGUGUCGAAAAUAUAUUUCUUUCAUAAAAAUACAUAUGUGUUUUUAUAAUGUUAAUCGCACACAUUUUUUCCCCUUUCUCUCUCUGUAAGUAUGCGAUACAAUAUUAUAUAAUUUGGAAGCAAAAAUGAGGAAGUAUAUGUACAUACAAAUAUAGAGCAUUCGUUCUCUCUUUUUCGAGUAAAAAGACAACAUUGGCGUUUAAAGAUAUUGAUAUAAUAUAGAAAAUUAGAAAAAUGUGUAAUAAACGACGUGAUUCGCCAUCCAAAAUAUUUACUGGAGAAGAAUUAUUUAGGAAUUCACUGUAAAUCAUGCUAGACAAACUUUGCAUUUUUUUUUUUUUUUUUUUUUUUGGAAGGCGAGAACAGCUUAUAUAUUUAAUAUAUAUGAUGUAUAUAUAUAAGCAUAAUAUGGAUUCGAUCACGAGUAUACACGAAAUACAAAUAUAUACUUAAAUAAGUUAUUUCCCGCGUUC